AUAAUGCAUAAAAAGUUAUGUGCAAUAAAUAUAUGUUAUAUGUUAUAUCCUCGUAUAUACUUUUUAUAUCAAACUAGAAAUACUUUGUCACUUCAUGAGGUACUUUUCAUUAGAAAACAUUUAUGUGAACAUUCUACUAUUUCUACUAAUAAUAUACUAAUAAUAUAAUUAUAGCUCCUAAUAUUCCAAAUAAGCCAAAUUUGCUUUGCAUGCCAAAUCUCUGUGGUCCAUUCAGUAAUUGCUCAAUAAUCAAAAAUCGCGUCGUGUGUUUAUGCCAGUAUGGUUAUACUGGGACGCCACCCAACUGCAAGCCAGACUGCGUGAUUAGCUCAGAAUGUGCACCAAAUAAAGCUUGUGUUAAUCAACGGUGCACAGACCCUUGUUCAGGUUUAUGUGCACCCAAUUCCCAUUGCCGGGUAAUUAAUCAUAAAGCUAUAUGUGUCUGUAAACCGGGUUUUAGUGGCAAUCCUAUGAAACGGUGUCUUAAAACAGAAAAAUGCACGGACAAUAACAAUAAUCCAUGUGAUAAGAACCCGUGUGGACCUUAUUCGGUCUGCCUUUCUUAUGACAAACAACCCGUGUGUUCUUGUCAAGCUGGGUACAUCGGUUUACCGCCAAAUUGUCGACCGGAAUGUACUUUAAAUGCCGAUUGUAAUCUCACAAAUGUGUGUGUUAAUAACCGCUGUACUAACCCAUGCCCUGGUAGCUGUGCGCCUCAAGCAUUAUGCAGUGUGAUCAAUCACAAACCUUUGUGCAUGUGCCCGGAAGGAUUUACUGGAGAUCCUUUUAAAAUAUGUUCAUUACCAUGUAAGACUCAAAUCCGCAAUUUAAUAAUGUUAGAUUUUUUUAGUUUAUUAAGUUAGUAUACAUUUAAUAGAGUAUAAUUAAUUCUCCCUAAUUAAUGUCUAAUAUGACAUUAAUUGGACUCUUCUUUUCAUAAAGGUAAGUUAAUGCAUGUGGUUAAUGUAUUGUUUGCUUCGGUGAUCAGAUUAUUUGUUGGAUAGAGCUUUUAUGUAUGUAUUUGCUUAUUGUACUGCAUUAGAUUGUAGAGUAUUUAUAAUCGUU